CGCAAAGCGACCGUCCGUCUUGCCGGCUACAACAAAAUCCUCUUGCUCCGCUUCACUCUGAAGCGCUACCGCUUUCUUUGGAAUGACAAUGAAGUCUUUAAGAACGUUUUUCCUUGGAGAUUUCGAGCGAAAGACGUUUUCCCAGGUAUGGAUAAUGGAGAUAAUGAAGCCAAGACGGACUUCACAGGACCCCAAAUUAAGGCUAGAAGUACUUGACGAGAGCAUUACUUACUCUUACGCUGCUCACCCAACCUACUACCAAAAAAAACCAACCUUUUUUUUCGAUCUACUACCACCUGGAGGUCUUUUUUUGGAGGGAAAAACGGGACCAAGAAAAAAAUGGUGACCGGAAAAAUGGAUUUACUUAAUAGAAGGGGCACGUUCUAAUGAAUCUGGUCGAGUGUACCGGUACCAACCCGGUGACGGCUACGCACAAGGAGGUGGCUAUGUCUUGGUUUUUGACGUUGCCAAGGUCACAGAGGACGAAUUACGCCGAGAACUCCAGAAACUCUACUACGAUGGUUGGUUUGACUUGCAGAUGGCUACUUUUAGCGUCGAUUUCCUGUUGUUUAACGGCAACUGGCGACAGUUCUUGCAACUUGGGUACAAUUGGCGUAUUCCUUUUUCUGGCCUGGCGAAGAGGACAAACAUUUACUUCGGAGUAUCUCUGGACCUGUACAACAACACUGUGCCUGGGGUCACGGUGCGGAUUGUCUUGGAGAUUUUGGUGUACACGAUUCUUGUUUAAGGCUGGCGUUGGAUUCAUGACUCAGCUAUAGUUCAUGACUCAGCUAUAGUUCAUGACUCAGUUAGUUCAUGACUCCUGUUGAUGACGAGAUCCACCAGGUGGACAACAAGUGGAAAACUAUUUCUAAGGCACCCUUUUCGUCAUCCUAGAAGUGAACAAAGCCAGAUUCGUGGGUGUCUCUUUGUACUUUUCGAAGCCAUCGACUUGGGUGAGCAACGCGGGACUUCUGCUCAGUUGGGUCGUCGUCAUCUUCCAGUUUGCCAGGAAUGCGAGUCAGCCAAGUUUCGCCUACCUUUUCCAAGAAAAGACGGCGGCGGGAGCUGUUAUGAGAGCAGAGAUGAGCUGAUACGUUGACUCGGCUAUAGGUCUUCUGCUGAGAAGACCUCUCCUGAAACAGGAGGCUAGUACAGGCUACUGGGAAAUGUAGUAGAGAUCACAGCACGUCGUCGACAAAACUAUUGUGAUUUGUACUUCGUGGUCGUCUAACACGCCCGUUACCACCAGCGCUCUCGACGAUGCAAAAAACAUGGCAACGGAUUUCAAAAAUUUUGAGGUUUUUGCAACAUUCGCUUUUAUGGUCCAGACCCUCACGGCGAUCAAUCUAACGGUCGUGUUUGCGAAAGCUGUGGUUUUGUUAUGGGUCUUUUUUCGAUGAUUCAUAGUUCCUACUUAUCAAAAAGACCACCUUUAUUAGAUCGAUGAACAAGCACUCCUUUUUUUAUCCAAAAGACCUUUUUAUCUAACAUAGCAUUAUCGCGAACCUUAAUAUAUGCCUCUAAUCUGCGUCUCCGACUUGUCGCCUUGGCUUGCACUUAUCUCCAACGUCCUUAGUCGGGCAGCUCCCUACCUGAUCUACUUCACCUCGAUGUUUUUCAUCAUCUUCUGCGGCUUCGUCCUUUUCGGACAUUUUCUGUUCGGACAGCAAAUUUUGCUGUUGUCAAACCUAUUGGAUGCCACGCUGUUCCUGUUUGCGCUCCUGUGCGGCGGCUCGGCUGUCAAAACAGAGGAUUUUACAGCUGCAGACGGGAUUUUGGGACCGAUUUACAUCGUCUUUUUCUACGUAGUGAUGAUAUUCACACUGUUAUGUUGGAAGGAGGAGGAGGAGGAUUCAUGGUACUAUAAAUUAGAGGUAGAGCGUAAUUCAUUGUGACAAAACUUUGUAGACUGGUGACCUCGGCUUGACUUGUAUGAUUUUUUGGUUUCUACUUCACACACUUGGCUUCGAUCCAGAAAUCAGGUCUUUAUCACACAGUAAAAGCAAAAACAGUUAAACUUCCUCUCCCAGCACACACUUCCCCUCUCUGCCCUUUUCAUUCCCCAUGAACGUGUUUUUGAGCAUUCUUCUGGGGAGCUACGAUGUGGAGAAAUUCGAAUUGGAGAGACGCAUAGAAGCUGGCACCACGACAAACGCAGCAGAGGACGCAUCGGCAAUGCUGAAGCGGGUUCUGAUUGAGUCGAUUUUGGUGCCGAUUAUGUUGAAAGGAAUAGUCGUCUUUCAGCAUCAAUGAAUUUUUGUUUAAGUAGAACUAACUUUUCAAAGGCUACCUUUUCUUCCUAGAAGAUGAGCUCUCGCAAGAAGUUAGUAGAGAAAACGCACUUGCAAAGAGGGCCCUUCAUUCCCCUAUCCGACAUUGUACGCAGUACACGGCGUGCGGUCUUUGGUCCUUCCGCAGAUGAGCUGGAGCUAGAAGGUGGCACUCCCCAACUAGACGAUGAAACCGCAGAAGCAGCUGGAGGAGGUGGAGAGAAUGCGAGCGCAGCUCCUGUGGGAUUUAUGCUGAUUUAGAUUUUCUUUUUAUUAAGUAAUUGUUCUAGACAAUGUUGACGCGUUCAACGUCAUCGUGGCGCCAAAUUGGAUUCGGAUGUCAUCCUCCUGAUGAUUUUUAGAAGUCGAGGAUGAACAAUGAAUAGAUCGUCAGACGGUCUUUGAUUCUCCUUGAAGAUUCUAACUUUCCUUUUCUCGCUGCCUCACCUGUGAAGGGACUCGAUGAGGAGACGCAGGCGGAUGACUCGGGCACGCGGCCAAACUCUCCGACUUAUGUUCACGCGGUCAUGGGUGCAAGAAGAGACUUUUCAAAGUUUCAUUUUACCUUUCUAAUAUCAACCAUAUCUCUUCUAAUCCCAUUCAUCCUUCUUCAACCUCUAAAAAUCCCACAGCAAGUCAAAAUUGGGUCGUGCAGCAAGCAGCGGGUCAUCAAGGGGAAUGUCUGGGUUGUUGGUGUCCCAGGACGAAGAGAAAGGAGCAGGUAGGAAAUUCAAUCCGAGGCUGGCUUGGAAGACUGCAAUAACAGCUGCCAAAGAGAAGGCACAGAAGACGCGUGCAUCGUUUAGGAAGAAGUUAUGAAGAUGCGAUGAAUGGGUGUAGUAGAUAUGGAGGGACAUCGACAUCAUUGCGAUGAAUGGGUGUAAUCAUCAUUGCGAUGAAUGGGUGUAAAAAUAGAUGGGAGCAUACAUGAAGUGAGCAUAUUUUUUUUCACAGGAAUUGGAAACUACUUCCGCAAAGUUGUAAUGAAUUUACUUAAUGAUGAGUCCCCUCCCCUCCCCGCUCGCACCAAUCAUGAUGUUAAGCCUCUUCUAACAAACAAGGAGGUAGUCGCCGCUUAUAUCGAGAGCACAGGAUUGAAGGCAUAUUUUGGUCGGCAGGGGGGACGAAGAGGCAAGCGAAGAAGGGGCGAGGAAGCAGUGGACGACGAGGGGGAAGGUGAUUUGAUGAGCGUAACGAAUUCGUAUCUAGUUGUACUCUCAGACCACGUCUCUACGGUCAUCAUGAACGAUGGAAACAGGGACAACAGCAUGCAUAGUACUAGUUGUUCUAGUAGGCGAGCAGGACUGUAGUCUUCUCCAUUUUUAGUACUAAAAGAACUAGGUCCUUUCUCCAUGCUUCUGUUCACUUUCUUCGUACUUUGUUCUUCCAGGUACGCGUGGAGGUUUAGCUAUAAUAACGGACGAUCCAAAUGAGGAGGCACAGGAGGAGGAGCCGCCAGCGGAUCGGAUGGUUAUCGUGUCUCUUCUCAAUCUCUUGCUUUUCGUCGUUCUCUUCGUCAUUUUGAUGGGCUUGCAGGUCCGUGGCCGCGAGUCUCUCCUUAUCGGGCAAGCGAACCUCGCGGAUCCCUUAGAGGCGCCGAACUGGGUGGAUGCGCCUCCGUUACGUGUGGUCAAUUUCGAGGAUAUCCAGAGUAUGCAUGACGUCUUCGAAUGGAGUAAAACAGCGCUAACGAGAAAUCUCUACGCCCAAAGCGUUUGUUUGCCGAGAUCGGGAGUGGGGGCGCCGAGGGUGAUAAAUUUACGAAAAUUAUCAGAGUGAAAGAAGUAGCUACUUGGUCACUUGUUCUUUGUGGGAAGGUUUGCAACUAGAAUUGCAUGAUAGAUGAAUGCUCCUCUCAUAUCCAAGUCGCAAUGUGGGUGCAUUAUCGGCAGACGAUGCGCUGAACAUUAUGUGCGAUCCAGCCACGGAGAUGGAGGUUAAUAGAGUAGCGGAUUCAAAUUCCGGUUUCCAAUACACGACGUUCGUGAGGCUGACGAUACAGCAAGCCUGCUAUGAAGCCAAUCCAGAUCCGACAUACGAAAGCCAGUAUCCUUACUUAUGGUGUGGAGCAGCUUGAGGAACCAUCAAUAAGAAUUUGAAUUCAUCUUGUUUGGGUACUUAGAUGAAAAUGGUAGGAUCUUCCUCUACUAGAGCACGACAGAUAAUUCUUCAACAGCGUUGUCCUCCUCUAACCCCCCUCCGUUCCAACGGCAUUGGGCAAGUGUGCGGCACUGUAUCUUGCUCUCAGAAUACAUGUUUAGAUGCACAUGGCGUAGAUAACGCGCGUCCGAGUUACACAGGUCUGUCGGGUACGGAAUACACUUUCAAGGAUCCCGAGAAACUGGGCACUUUCGGCCUGAGCGGAGGAUAUCAGAUAUACUUUUAUGGAUGAUAUGAGUAACAGCUCGAGAACCCACUUUGACUAGUUUCUUGUUGUUCUUUUACAAACCUCUAGAAUUCACUGAUUGUCGUAGCUCUAGUGCGGAUUGGGAUGCGUCUCUCUCCUUGGCGUAUUUCGUCCACAAGCCUCAUCGCCGUUGGAGAAUCCAUUUACCAUUUUCUAACCAAAAGGCAAAAAUGCAAGCACCGCGCUUACGAAACUAGAGAACUUGAAGACGGACUUGCUUUUUACAGAGUUAGAGGUGUCGAGUAUGGUUUUCGACUACGUCACUCAGAACAGUAACAUGGACCUCUACGUGUACACGUCGGUGAGCUUCUCUUAUGAGCGUGGGGUUCUUGUUGAAAUGAAAGGAAUUGUGCAAGCCUCGCACACGAGAUCAAUUCUGGAUGCUUGAAGAUUAAGAUCCGUCUGUCCUUGAUCAGCAAAAAAUUCCUCAAAUUAUCUGAGUUCUGAACACACGACUCAUCUAAUUGACCCAACUGGAGACAGGGGAGCUCGUCAAAAAAGCUGAGUCGAUUCCACUGCCAUUGUCUGUCUUCGACGAAGGCAAUUACUAUGCCUCAGAACGCAGCGCGCUCUUUCUCAUGUUCCUGCUGUAUCUGAUCUUUAUGGUGGUUGGAAACUAGAGCAAGAGGUCUAGUCACUGUCAAACGAGGACGGACGAGCUCACUGUCACUGUAAAUUAACUGUCAAACGAGGACGGAGCUCACUGUCGCUAAAUUAACUGUCACACGAGGACGGAGCUCACUGUCGCUAAAUCGCUUCAAACAAGUCCAAGUGUUCUUUCCACGUCCACCUUCCACCUUCUAACUCUCGCGCCCUGAUCUACCUGCACCAAGAGAUCAAGACCAUGCUGAAACAGCAAGCGGAGACGUUUUCUGAGUAUCGAGCCAACCCCUACGGAAUCCCCAAGCCGCACAUUUUCCAAUUCUUAUUGGACCACUACUCAAAAUCGCCUUUCAAUAUGCUUGAAACGGCGUCGACGAUAAUUAUGAAGGUGGAUUUGAUCUUGAUGUACUCAAUCCGAUCUGAUGAUGGGCGUAUCUCUGGACAUUGUCACGACUGAGAGCCACACGACCUGCAAGUAGACACAACGAGUCUGUUACCUGAUUCAGCUUUUUUUUCCUUGUUCUUCUCUUCCUCUAACACCAGCAGCCUAGUGAUUUUGCUUUUCUUCGCCCUCUACCUCGCACACGCUUUUCGAGCUUCCUGGUCAAUAACUGCGAAUAUGAACGAACGGUUCUCGAUACCAAACAGUGAGGUGAAAAUGUGGGAGAUGAACCGUGAAAGCUCACCAGACCGCUUGACAGACGAGGACGGUUACAUCUUCCUGCAAUUUGAAGUCCUGCGGUCGAACUAUCAAACGAUCGUCACCGUCGCAAGCAUCAACUCGUUGUUUUUGACGUUGAAAGUAGUGAAAUUCGUGUUGGGUUGGCGGAUAUUCUUCUCGGUUGCGAGCACAUUGAGCAAAGCAUUGCCCUUGAUCAUGGUCUUCACAGUCGUGUUGACCUUACAGCUAGUGGGUUUCGCAUUGUUGUUUCACGUCGAGUUUGGCACGGGCAUUCCGGAACUGGGAACGCCAGUGCGCAGUGUCGAUACCAUGUUCCGGUUUUUGCUUUUAUGGUUUUUUUUUUCGAGUGCAUAAUUUCUUCGUAUCUCAUGAUGAUAUUCCGUUCUCCUUCUCUGUGCUUAUUGUGCAGCCAUUAGUACACACCUUCUGACAGGACUCUGACUCUGUGGUGGUCACAUUCUUCUAAUGCCCGGCGAUUUCGACGACACCCUGAAGCGCAUGAUGGAUCGUGGAGAGGCCGUCACAAGCAUCAUGUUCAUCCUUUUCAUGCUUUUUUUCUACUUCCUGCUAAUGCAGAUGUAUCUGGCAACCAUGAUGUCGACGUACAGCGCUUGCGCUAGUAAGGAAACCUUGGCAUACGCCAAAGAAAUAGUACAAACGCAUGGCGCACAAGACGAUCGGAAGAAACUAGAAGAAAAAAGGGCAAGAUCACAAGAAAGAGGGAGGAGGAAACAGUAUUUCUUAUAGAUAUUUCUAGUUGGUCUAAAACAAUAAGCGUGCUAGUUCGUCUAAUAAACAAUAAGUAUCGUCUUAGUGAAGUUCGCUGGUCUCGUUGUUAAACGCCGUCUACUUAUUCCAUUCAUCACUAUCAUAAAUAUUUCUUUAGUUCUUCUUUAGUUCUUGUUUGUCGUCGUCGUGUUUCUUGGUUGUCGCAGAAAAUUACAGUCAAGUACUUACACCAGUGACAAAUUUGAAAUAAUCGUGAUCUUCAAGAACGUGCUGUCUUUUAUAUGCCUUGACUGGGUACACAACUACUACUACUACUACUACUACUGUUAAGGCUCAACUUUCAAUGGUCAUUGGAGUUGGUCACUGAGAUCGAAAAGGCCACCCCUUGAGAGAACAGGGGAAAACAAAGGGAAAGGGGAGAGCUUUGAAGGGGGUCCCUUCCGUUCAGAGUCAGUGACCAUUGAAGGGUGAGCUUUAAUACUGCUUCAAGUCUCCUAGUUCACGACUCACGAACAAAUUUUAAGUAUACAACUACUACUGCUUCAAGUCUCCUAGUUCACUAUUCGCGAACAAAUUGGAGGUAGUCGUGAUCUUGCGAACAACCUCCACCACUCUUUAGGGCAAGGGACGUGGUGAUGGCAGAAGGCGACCCCCAAACGACCCUCCUAGUCGCAAGAACGCUUAAUUGCCUUCAAAAUUUGAAAAAAAUCAUGAGUGGCCCAGGUGAGGGAGGCGCAUCGUCAUCAGGAGGUGUUAUGGAUGGAGGUGUUAUGGCAUUGCAGCUCAGUUGAUGAUUUGUCGUGUCAGAAUAAUUUUUUGCCAGUUGCUUCGUAUCUUCAAAUCGGAUAAAGUUGAAGCACCAGCUCAUGUCGACGUAUUGAAUACCCAUAGAAGUACAUGAAUGCGUCAAUACCUUCUUCAUACUCAGUGGCGAAUUAGCAUUAGGCGACAAGAAGGGCAGCGAGAUGGGAGGUAAGAAGGGAGCGGAAUUUUGGCGAGCAAAUGGCGGCUUCGCAGAGGUGAACAGAGACGUCGUCGAUGCUGUCAGUCGGUUCGAAGUUCUAUGUUUUUUUUUUGUUUCCUAGUUGGGCGUGCUCCAACGGUAGUAUUCAUAACUUCAAGAAAUAAUCCAAAAACCGCGUAGGAGUCUUUCUUCAUCUUCUAAGCCCCGAAUCCGAUGUGAAAACCGUCAUACCAAGAGGCUAUCUUUCCCUCUCACCCGAGGAUCAGACUGGGGAACUCAAAGUUUUGCUGUCGCAUUUGGAUUCUCUAGUGGCGAUGAGGAAUCGCGCAGGCGCACACGCGCAAGAACCGAUGAUGAGUGAGGAAGCGAAAAACGAUUUCUACUUCAGGAGUUUGAGGACUACUAUUGUUAAGGGUUGAGGUUCUGCAUUGUUCUUAGCAGAAGGCGCCUGUGUGUGAAGUUGUUAUUGUCUUUCAGAAAACUAGAUUCAUUUUUUCCGGAGUUUCUUUGAGGGACAGCACUACUAUAUAUUGUCAAGGUUUGAGGUUCUGCAUUGUUCUUAGAAGAUUGCGAAAGGCAGUCCAUCAUCAUCAUUAUCAUCAUCAUCAUCAUCGUCACCAUGAAGGUUUUUAUAGCUCAGAGUUUUUUCUAAGACUAUCGAAUCGAUGUUCACGAAGAAAGGGGCGCGGCUUUUCCAGAAAGACAACACAUACUUUGCGCAGGUAAUAUUCAAGCACAACAUUACUUAGCGCUCGACCAACUCAUCGCUAUUUGGAUACAUGAUUUUUCCGCAAUGACUUGCAGUAUGCUCCUUCGUAGUACAUCAUGCGCAAGGAACUUCACUCCCAACCACAGUUUGUUACUGUCUUCAUCUACUUACUCAACAACAUUACAACAGACGCUGCAAUUGGAAGAUUUCGCCGAUGUUGGCGAAAUGGCAAGCUUUUUAGCCGGACAUCAAGUCUAUGGAGAAGAGCUUUGGCUCGAUGCGCUGAUCGUCGCUUUGGAGAGCCAAGACUGCACUUUCGUGAAUCGACUUUUCACGUCCUUUAACAAGCACAAAAUGGAUGAUCCCUCUCGAAUGGGAGUGCGGGUUCUCGAGAAAUUGAGACGACCCCUAUACGAAGGUGGCGACCGCGUCCUCACGCUCUUCGAACUCAAAGCCAAAGCGGAGUACUACACCAAUUUGAAAGAAGAGUAUGGCUGGUUUUUGAUGUCAUAUAAAAAUUUAUUAUUUUUCAGGGGAGUAGAGACACGAAUGAAUGAAUUGGUCGUUACUUGGAGGAUAGAGGUAGAGCAAAAUGAUGUAAAACUGCAAGCCUCGUCUAAGAACCAGCAGAACUUCGGCGAACGCUGUGCUCAGUCCAAAACAGGAUUUUGCAUGAGUAUGCGAGCGAGCUUCAGACGUUCAUGAAGGGUCAUUUCGCGGAGCACAAACGAUUGGAGCAAAAGAAGCUGCAUUUGAUAGGCGAAUUGAGGAAAAUGAUGUAGAAGUUGUACUAUGACCUAGAUGUAGUUAAUGUUUUUAGGUUUAUUUUCCUGUGCUGCUGCUGUUGACUCGACGAUCUUUUUCCUUACGAAUGAAUACUUCAUGAAGUACAACUAAUGGAUUGUUCGAGCAGAAUUAUUCCCUGUGAUUUGUGACUAGACAAGAAUUCUACUACGUGGAGACAAGAAAGAAAUAUGAUUCCAUCUGCUGUUAUCUCUUUUCCUGCUGUUGAUUUGCCGUUAUGAUCUAUCAGAUAGAUCCUAUGAAUACUUGGAGCGACGAAAGAAAAAGACCACAGAGACCCUGCUGUUGUAUUUUACGUCUGGAGAAACAGGAUCAAGAAAGUAAGUACUUACUUAAGCGUGUUAUGUAUGGUGAUAGCACCUGAUGCCGUUACCGAAGAAAUUACCUGAUAGAGAAUACGG